GACAACCCCUUCCGCCAGAGGAUCGCCCAGGUCUUCUCUGAGGAUGGGGACGGCCAUAUGACUGAGGACAACUUCCUGGACAUGUUUUCUGUGAUGAGCGAAACGGCUCCCCGUGACCUCAAGGCAUACUAUGCUUUCAAAAUCUAUGACUUUAACGACAACUACAUCCGCGCGUGGGACCUGGAGCAGACGUUGACCAAGCUGACUCGGGGGGAGCUGAGU